UCCUCCCAUCCCGUCAUUUGCUGCCACUCCUGCACUCUCUGCAAUCUCGUACAUCAACUUUUUAUCCACCAAAUUAACCUUUGAAUCACUAUGUCUGGCCGUGGAAAGGGUGGCAAGGGUCUCGGAAAGGGUGGUGCCAAGCGUCAUCGCAAGAUUCUCCGUGAUAACAUUCAGGGUAUCACCAAGCCCGCUAUUCGUCGUCUCGCCCGUCGUGGUGGUGUCAAGCGUAUCUCUGGUCUCAUCUACGAGGAGACUCGUGGCGUCCUUAAGAUCUUCCUUGAAAACGUCAUUCGUGACUCUGUAACAUACACUGAGCACGCCAAGAGGAAGACAGUCACUGCUCUCGAUGUUGUCUAUGCUCUGAAGAGGUCAGGGCGCACUCUCUACGGCUUCGGUGCAUAAGGGGUGGCUCUUGGCUUUGUAUUCUGCGGUGUAUUGCUACUGUAACAUUAUAAUGUAUUCUACUCACCACUAUCUACCGUCUAUUUCUCCCUGACCUCUGGAAUAUUGUUUCGUUUCA